GUAUCCAGCCUGCAUGGACAGGGCAACAUUCGCCUGUUCCACUGCCUUUUUCCGUGACUACAACAGUUCAUCUCAGGGUGCAUUCUGCCUCCCCGGAGGACACGUUGACUUUAUUGAAAAAGUAGACUCGUUCACUUACUCGGACUUUUUCCGGGAUUAUUUGAUUCCCAACCAUCCCUGUAUUUUCUCAGCUAAAUUCACUGAAGACUGGGGCAGCAGGAGAAAUUGGGUAACUUGGGAUGGAAAGCCUAACUUUGAUCAUCUGCUGCAGAAGUUUGGAGAGGCUGUAGUACCUGUUGCCAACUGCGAUGUCAAGGAGUACAAUUCUAACCCGAAGGAACAGCUCCCCUUCAAGGAGUAUAUAAAGUACUGGAAAGAGUACAUUAAAAAUGACUACCACUCGUCCCGAGGGUGCCUUUAUCUAAAGGACUGGCACCUGAGCAGAGCUUUCCCCGAACAAGAUGUUUAUACAACCCCUGUGUAUUUCUCAUCCGACUGGCUGAAUGAAUACUGGGAUGCUAUCGCUGUGGACGAUUACCGGUUUGUCUACAUGGGACCUAAGGGCUCAUGGACUCCAUUCCAUGCUGAUGUCUUCCGUUCCUAUAGCUGGUCAGCCAACAUAUGUGGGAGAAAGAAAUGGCUCUUGUACCCCGCGGGACAGGAGGAGUAUCUGAAAGACCGCCACGGCAACUUACCUUUCGAUGUAACUGCACCUAGUCUUCAGGACAGGAGUGUUUACCCUCGCUACAACCAAAGUCAACCCCCUGUUGAAAUUGUGCAGGAAGCAGGGGAGAUAGUCUUCAUCCCCAGCGGAUGGCAUCAUCAAGUUUACAAUCUGGAGGAUACCAUUUCCAUUAACCACAAUUGGGUGAACGGCUGCAAUGUGGCCAUCAUGUGGUGCUUCCUGCAGGAUGAGUUAGCAGCCGUCCAGCGGGAAAUCAAUGAAUGGAAGGACCCUAUGGAUGAUUGGCACCUACAAUGCCAGUUGAUCAUGAAGUCUUGCACGGGUAUAGACUACAAGGAGUUCUACAACUUCCUCAAAGUUAUUGCAGAGAACAGGAUUUCUGUCUUGGAAAACGGCCUCGAUGACGAAGCUUCGGCAAAGAACACUCCAAAAGCUGCCAUUUCCACCUUGGGCAUGCUCCACGCAGUGUUUGAUUUAAAGAGGACUGUGAAGGUGUUAACAUCAUUGAGUGCUAAUGAAGAUUUCAAGAAACUAGACCUGACGUCACUUUCUCCACCUCCGGAGGCAUUGCUCCACCACCUGAAAGCAGCAAUAGAUACAGCGCUACUCUAACUUCCUCUUUGUAAAAUGAACCUUUUGCAAAAUGGGUGUUUGUAGGAGACUAACUCCUCCCUGUUUAAUAGCUGUUGCAGUU